AACCUCAUAUUCCGCGCGACACCGUCAGACGACUGCUUCCAAGGGACAGAACAGACCUUACCCUGACACUACUCCGGACGCGCAGAGAGACAGCCUAGCCCCGCGAAAUUCCCCACAUCGACGCAAGUCGCACAACCAAACGAAAUCCUACCCAGGCGAAGAGAAGGAGCACAUACACACCAUGUCUCUCACAAAUUGCCGGUUUUAUGAGGAGAAGUACCCGGAGGUGGAGAGCUUUGUCAUGGUGAAUGUGAAGCAAAUCGCAGAGAUGGGCGCAUACGUCAAGCUGCUAGAAUAUGACAACAUUGACGGCAUGAUCUUGCUCUCCGAACUGUCCCGAAGACGUAUUCGUUCCAUCCAGAAGCUCAUCCGUGUUGGCCGCAACGAAGUCGUCGUCGUGCUCCGUGUAGACAAGGACAAGGGUUACAUUGAUUUGUCAAAGCGUCGUGUUUCGCCCGAGGACAUCGUCAAGUGCGAGGAGAGGUACAACAAGUCGAAGAUGGUACACAGCAUCAUGCGCCACGUCGCCGAGAAGACGACAGUGCCCAUCGAGGAGAUCUACCAGAGCAUCGGCUGGCCGCUGAACAAGAAGUACGGACACUCCAUCGACGCUUUCAAGCUCAGCAUCACCAACCCCGAGGUGUGGAACGACGUCACAUUCCCCAACGACGUGGUCAAGGAGGAGCUUCAGAGCUAUAUUGGCAAGAGGUUGACGCCGCAGCCUACCAAGGUGCGGUCAGAUAUCGAGGUCACUUGCUUUGGCUACGAGGGCAUCGAUGCCGUCAAGGAGGCUCUUCGCACCGCCGAGGCGAAGAACACCCCUGAAAACCAGGUCAAGGUGAAGCUUGUGUCGCCGCCGCUUUACGUCCUCACAUCACAAUGUCUCGACAAGACGGUCGGAAUCGCUUGCUUAGAACAAUCCAUCAAAGACAUCAAGGAGAGCAUCACAAAGGCGGGCGGUGACUGCCAAGUCAAGAUGGCGCCCAAGGCGGUUACCGAGAACGACGACGCCGAGCUGGCCGCGCUCAUGGAGAAACGGGAGCGCGAGAACCAGGAAGUCAGCGGUGACGAGGACGAGAGCACAAGCGAUGAGGGCGGUGUUGUCGAAGCCGACUCUUAGAGUGCCUUUUUGUAUACGACUGGUCAUGACGGGGCAUUCAGCGAUGUCAAAAGUUGAUACUCGGCGUUUGGGUCUCGAUGCGAGGCAUGCGAGGCAUGCGUGCCGCGUACAUGGACAUGUACAGCAGUUCUCGAUAUGAGCAGAGACUCUCAUGCAUGAUUGUAGAAUCCUACCAAGAAGUUCAAAUGCAGUCAG